UAUCAACGCAAGUACGAAAAACAUUUGCAAUUCAGGGCAAUUUGGAGCCUUUUUCAUUAUUUUUUUCCGUUAAUUUGAGUCAAAUGUUAGAGUUGAGCGGCAUUUCUCACGCACAAUGAUAGUAGAAAGCGAUGAAAUCAACUUGUCGAUGCAGGAACUGCAAAUAUUGUCGGAGCUUGACAGCCGACUCUUUGGCUUCGUGAAGAUAAAUGCGCCGGAAAAUGUCAAGAAGAAGGAGAUGCUUGUCAAGGCCGCCAAGUAUCUCGAACGGAUGCUGAUUCAGGUGCAGCAGCAACGCGAACGCGACGGAGCCGAAAACGACGAAGACCCGUCGCCAGACAAGAAACAACUCGCGAUCGAGCCAAAGUCCGUGGACGAGGAAAAAAGUGAACAAAAUGACGCAAAAGUGUCGGAAACGGAGGAGAAACCGGCAGAAAGUGCCAGCAACGAUGUCGAGAUGAAAGACGUCGAAAAAGCCGAUGGAGCAGUGGUGAAAGUGGAAAAUAAGGAAAAUAGCACGACGACGACGACAGAAGUGGUUGAGGCGGAUAGUCGGGAGAAGGAUUUGACAAUCGAUCCACGCACGUACUGCAAAUUAGGUCAUUUUCAUUUGUUGCUCGAGGAUUAUGCGAAAGCACUAUCCGCAUAUCAAAAAUAUUACAAAUUAUGUCCAGAGUACUGGAAAGACUUGCCUUUUUUGUACGGACUUGGUCUCGUUUAUUAUCACUUCAAUGCCUUCCGAUGGUCGAUCAAAGCGUUUCAGCAACUGCUUUACGUGAGUCCCGACUUCAUACGAUCCAAUGAGGUCCAUUUGCGCCUCGGUCUUAUGCUAAAAGUUAAUGGUGACUUUGAACAGUCGUUUAAACAUUUCAAACUAGCUUUGUUGGAUUCGUCGCCUUGUACACUCACGAAAUACGACAUCCAAUUUCACAUCGCUCACUUGUAUGAGAUCCAAGCAAAAUACAAAACUGCCAAGGAACAGUAUGAUCAGUUACUUGCGGAGAAGCAGCUGACACCACAAUUGAAAGCGGAUAUUUAUCGUCAACUCGGAUGGAUGCACCAUUGUGUUGAGUCGCUAGGCGAAAAGAAGACACGCGAAACACUCGCUCUCACGUAUCUACACAAGUCAAUUGAGUCGGAUCCGAAAUCCGGGCAAUCUCUCUACCUUCUUGGACGGUGUUUUGCGAGCGUAAAUAAAGUGCACGACGCCUUCAUUGCGUACCGGAAUAGUGUGGAAAAGAGUGAGGGAAAUGCAGACACGUGGUGCUCGAUCGGAGUGCUGUACCAGCAACAAAAUCAGCCUAUGGACGCACUGCAAGCGUACAUUUGUGCCGUGCAACUAGACAAAGAACACUCAGCUGCCUGGACUAAUUUAGGAAUUUUAUAUGAAACUUGUGGACAGCCACGAGACGCCUUCGCUUGUUAUUUAAACGCCACGAAAAACACAGAAACGAUAACAAAAGAGAUACAGAACCUCAGUGUCUCGUCAAGUACAAGUGUGAAUAAUAAUAGUAAUAGCAACCUAAGUAACACGACAAGUAGUAAUUUUGUAAGCAAUAUUAGCAAUAGCAGUAGCAGUUCGCUAAGGGAGACAACAAUUACGACGAGUGGUGCGAAGCCGCAAAGUUUGACGCAGCGGAUCAAAUUUUUGCAGCAACAAUUGACGCACGCUCCUAUGCCGAGCAUCACGUCUAAGAGACGCCAGCUACCUUCGAUCGAAGAAGCCUGGAAUUUGCCAAUAUCGAAUGAAAUGAGUGCACGACAGCAUCAACAGCAACAUCAACAACAAAAGAACGGCAUGAAUUAUGGACAGACUGCAACUCAAGGCCCUCCCGCAUAUCAACAAGUCGGUCAUAAUGGCCCGAUUGCGACAAAACGUUUCAAGCCGGGCGACGAAUCUGCCGUCCCGCAGCCACAAACACAGCCCCAACGUCCCCCGGUAUUCCUCAAUCAGCAGCAACUCCAAAUGUUGCAGCAUCUCCAGCAGAAUCACGCGAAUCUCAAUCCGCAGCAACAAACGAUGUUGCAACAGUUGACGCAGCAAUAUCGCCUGAUGCAGCAAUACAAAGCGAUGCAAGCGCAAUCGAUGCAGCAGCAACAGCAGCAAAUGCAACAGCGACAAUUCGCCGGGCAACAACAAGGAGCCGGGCAACAAGGACCCUUUCAGCCGUCGUUAGAUGGACAACGAACACCCACGACGGGCGUUGUCGCCCAAACGGGCUUCGUAACUGACGGAAGUUUCUCGCCGGCGACGGGACACACGCAACAAGCUGCCGGAAUGCCAUUUAAAUCUGCAGCGACGGGAUAUCCACAGACAUUUGGAGGUCAGCAACAAGCUGGAUUCACGCAAAUUAGCUCGACGACACAAGGAAAUCCCACAGAUUUAGGUGUUACCGACCAAGAAUUACAAGCAUUGCUCUCGGAGAAAGAUUUAGCCACAUCCUUGGCUGAAAAUCUCCUCAAGCAAUUCGGAUCCGAUGAUCUCGACAUGAAAGAUUCCAAACUUUUGGACGAAGCCAACAGUACAACAACAACAACAACCGACAUCACGCGCAUCAAAGAAGAGCCCGUCAAAUGCGAAGCCACAUCGACGAGUCUCCAAGCGAAUCAGUUCAUCAUGCGGCACGAACUGAAAUCCGAGCCAAUUGUCAAAAUCGAGAAACUCUACGAGAAAGACGUCAAACCGGAAUUUUCGAUUGAAAUGUCUGCCAAAGAGCUGCAAGCAGCUGUCAAGCAAUUGGGCGUGAAAGAUGUCCCGGCGAAUUGUAACGUGCUUGGACCUGAUGCUCCGCCGCCGGCGCCUCCAGUGUGCCCGCCGCAGAAAUUGACGCGCGAACAACUGCAACCGCCAACUCCUUCAGUGUUUUUGGAGAACAAGAAACACGCGUUUAGUCCACAACUGCAGGAAUUUUGCCUCAAGCAUCCCAUCGCGGUUGUGCGACAAUUGGCAGCAGCACUUAAAUUAGAUUUAGGAUUAUUCUCAACCAAAACACUCGUGGAAGCAAAUGCCGAUCACAGUGUCGAAGUCCGAACACAAGUUCACCAAUCAGCAGACGAAAACUGGGAUCAAUCGCAUGCAAAACGCAUUUGGGGUUGCAUUUCACAUCGAUCUCAUACAACAAUCGCCAAAUACGCACAAUAUCAAGCGUCGAGUUUUCAAGAUAGUCUGAAGGAGGAACGUGACAAAAAUGCUGGCAUUCCAAUCUCAACGAAUCUCUCGGAUUCAGACUCCAAGGAAUCGAGUUGUGGCGGCAACGGAUUGAACGGCAGCAACAAACGAAACAAAUCAAAGCUCCGAAAUGGCAGCAAAAUGCUCCGUUUUGGCACGAACGUCGAUUUAUCGGACGAACGCAAAUGGCGCGCCCAACUGCAAGAAUUACAAAAGUUACCGCCCUUCGCUCGGGUCGUUUCCGCCGCCAAUAUGUUGUCGCACGUGGGUCACAUGAUUCUCGGCAUGAACACGGUGCAGCUUUACAUGAAAGUACCGGGAAGUCGAACGCCAGGUCAUCAAGAAAACAACAACUUUUGCUCAAUUAACAUCAAUAUCGGGCCCGGAGAUUGCGAAUGGUUCGCCGUGCCGGAUUCGUAUUGGGGCGGAAUUCACGAGUUGUGCGAGAAAAACAACCUAAACUACUUGCAUGGGUCGUGGUGGCCCCAUUUGGAGGAUUUGUAUGCCGCGAAUAUCCCCGUUUAUCGAUUUACGCAACGCCCCGGCGACUUGGUUUGGGUGAAUGCGGGCUGCGUGCAUUGGGUGCAGGCAAUUGGAUGGUGCAAUAAUAUCGCGUGGAACGUUGGGCCGAUAACGGCGCGUCAAUAUCAACUCGCGAUCGAUCGUUACGAGUGGAAUAAGUUGCAAAGUUACAAGUCAAUUGUCCCGAUGGUGCAUCUCAGUUGGAAUUUGGCACGCAACAUCAAAGUUUCCGAUCCAAAGUUGUAUGAAUUAACAAAAACCACAUUACUGCAAACACUGAAACACGUAAUGCACAUUUUGGAGUUUGUCAAGUCCAAAGGCAUCGAAGUACGUUUCCAUGGACGUGCGAAAAAUGAAGCGUCGCACUAUUGCGGACAAUGUGAGUUGGAAGUCUUCAACAUCCUCUUCAUUCGCGAGCAAGAAAAACGUCAUGUCGUUCAUUGCAUGGGCUGUGCACGCAAACAACAACCAACGCUACAAGGCUUUGUCUGUCUCGAGGAAUACAAAUUGAGUGAAUUAGUGCAAGUGUAUGACGCAUUCGUUCUGCACAAGCCUCCGCCGCCAAUUUCUAUCCCUGCACCAGCUACUCCGAGUAACGCUACUGUGACAACACCACAAACGACAACUCCUCCCGCUGUUACCACAACAGCUACUGUCGCGAAUUAAUUUUACAUUUUAACAAGAAAUUUUGUGUAAUUUUGACAAAAAAAUACGUAUUCGUCGAUUUUAUGAGUAAUAAUAAUGUGAAAUAGUUUUUUUUUCUGUAAAUAUUAAUUAAUUAAAAAAAUUAAAUUAAAUUAAUUUUUCUAUUAAAAAAAUACAGAAAAUGUGAUCAAACACGAGUUUCGUUUUAAUUUCUCCGAAAAUAUUUAUUUUUUUAUUAUUUUUUGUCUCCUGGUAAAAAAAAAACUUAUUAAUGAUCUCACAAGAAAAUAAAGAAAAAAAAAUAAAAUAAGACGACACACGUGAAGUAUUUUGUAAAUAAAAAAAAAUAUUUUAUCGCAACUACGAAAUAUAUAAAAAAAAAGAAAAAAAUACCAAAACAUCGUAAGAUGCCUCUAAUAAUACCUCUAAAAAAUAUUCAUUUUUGGCUAUUCUAGAAAAUAAUUAAAUUAAUAAAAUUAAAUCGAAUCAAAGUAAAGUUAAGAAAAAAAAAAUAAUAAAUUUUUUGAAAGAGAGUUUCAUAAAAUUAAUAAAAAAAUAUUAAAAAUAAUAAAAAAAAUCCCAUAUGAGAGAUUGCUUUUGUAAUUUUUAAAUUUAUUUUUCGGAACGGAAUGGAAAUUUAAGAUAAUGAAAAGUUAGUCGUCUCAGGGCAACCCGAUUUUUAUAAAUAUCAUACAAAACAUGAACAAAAAAAAAUAAAAUGAGCAAAAAAUUCACAAUUUUUUACAUGAAAUAAUAAAAUAAAUAAAUUCAUACAACCACCGAACAUAGAAAAAGAAAAAUCACACAACACAUAAAAAUAAAUAUAAGAAAAAAAAAAUAAUAAAAAAUUUUUUAGUCAUAAUCACGCCACACUCAGGGUUAGAAAAUAGGAAAAAUCAACAACAGCAACACGGAAAGUUUUUGUUUUUAUAAAGAGCACAUUGUUUAAAAAAAAUAAAUAAAUAAAAAAAAUUAGAGAGGAAAUUUAGUUGAGUAUCCGUUGAGUAAAGUGAAACGACGAGUUUAGGUCGAAAAAAUUAAUAAAAAAAAAAAUAAAAAAUUAUUUUCAGUUUCAAAAUUUAAAUAUCAAACCUUUAAAUAAGAGAAAAAAAUUUAAAAAAAAUAUAACUUUUAAUAAAUUUGUAUUAAAAAAAAUCGUAUAGGAAAGAUAAGAAUGACCAGUAAGUCACUGCCAAUUGACGAAAUGAAAAGAUCGGAAAACAAAUUUUCUGCAUCUACUCAUUCAGUAUCGUGUAAAAUGUAUUGUAAUGCUACCUAAUGUGUAUUGCAACAAUGUAUUUAUUAAUAUAAUUAAUUUUUCUAUCAAAAUUAAAUUUUUAAAAAAUUUCUUAAAUUCUUCUAAAAUUAAAUUUUUAUUUUUUGUUUUCUUGGAAAACUUUAAACUUUUAACUAAAUAAAAAAAAUACUUGUUGCAAUAAAAUUUGAAGAUGUUGAAAUGGAUUUAACUUUUUAUUUUUAAAUAUUGGAAAAAAAAUAAAAUUAUAAAAAAAUAUUGGAAUCCAUUUAAAAAAUAAAAAAAUGUGUAAAUAUGAAGAUUGCAGAUUAACAAGGAAAAAAGUUCCUUGGAAAAAAAUCUGAAAAUUAUUUGUUUUUGUCUGACAACAUGAAUGAAGUUGGCACAUGUCUGCUUUUUGGUAUUUAGUUGAAUUUUUUGUACAUUACUAAUUAUUAAUUAUAAAUGAAGUGUAUAUUUUUGACGGUUUGUUAGCUUUUAAGAAUCACAUACAUUUUUAAUUGUAAAUAAUAAUUUGAAUUUUUGAUAUUGGUUUUAAUUAAAUUAAUAUUAAAAUGAAGAAAGAAAGAAAAUAAAAAUUAAUUAAUAAAAAAAAAUAAUUAAAAAAGGUAUCUAAUAAAAUGAGAUAAGUAGGCAAAAGAAUUAAGAAUUAAGGGAUUAUCGUAGUAGUUUUAAAUUAAUUAAAAUUAUUAUUAAUUAAAGUUAUUAUUGGACAGAAUUGUCUAAAAUUAAUGAAAAAAACACGUGAAAACAGAAAAUAAAUGGAUAUGUAAUAGAA